UUAACUUGGGGACUUAUGCUGCUUUGAACUGUGGAUUUACUACAUUGUACAUGACAAGCUGACGAUCAUGUCAUUCCCGGAGGAGGAUCUCACGUGCCCAAUAUGCUAUGACAUCUUUACAGACCCUGUUUUGCUGUCAUGUAGCCAUAGCUUCUGCAGGAACUGUCUGAAGCGCUGUUGGGAAACAGGGUUACGUGAGUGCUCAGUAUGCAGGAAAAGAGCCUCCAAAGCUAGUCCUCCCACCAAUUUGGCUCUGAAAAAUGUCUGUGAAGCGCUUUUGGAGGCCAGGAAAAUUUCAGCUGUGGUGGAAGAGAAGAUGAACUGCAGUGCGCACGGAGAGAAGUUAAAACUCUUCUGCCUGGUUGACAAACAGCCGAUCUGUGUGGUGUGCCAGUCCUCCAAACUGCACAAAAGUCACGACUGCUCGCCCAUAGAUGAGGCAGUGCUGGACUGCAAGGAGGAGCUUGCUUUAUCGCUCAAGAACCUGCACGAUAAAGAGGUCAGCCUCAAAAGAAUUCACAUGAACUCUGCAUACAUGUUCAAGUACAUCAAGAGUCAGGCUCUGGAAACCCAGAGUCUGAUCAAGGGCCAUUUUGAGCAGCUCCAUCAAGAUCUCUACCAAGAAGAGUCAGCCAGAAUAGCUGCUGUGAAGAAAGAGGAGGAUGAGAAGAUUGCAGGGUUGAAGGACAAGAUGAAAGAACUUUCGGCAGAAGUGCUGUCGCUCACAGAAACCAUUUCAGUCAUACAGGAGCAGCUGGAAGAAGAUGAUUUGAUCUUGUUGAAGAAUUUCAAAGCCACUCAGGACAGAGAAAAAACCAUAGCCCUUGGUCCAGACAACAUGUCCGGGGUACUGAUUGAUGUGACCAAGCAUCUCUGCAACCUCAAGUAUAAAGUCUGGGAGAAAAUGCUGGACUAUAUUGACUAUACUCCUGUGACUUUGGACCCGAACACAGCACACCCCUGCCUCAUCCUGUGUGACGACCUCACUUCCCUCCACUACUCAAAGGAGCACAGCUGUUGCCCUGACAACACAGAGCGCUUCCACAUCAGCGCUGAAGUGGUAGGCAUGGCCGCACUGGGCUCAGGAAGCCACCACUGGGUUGUGGAAACUGGAAGUAAUCAGGACUGGCUGCUGGGAGUGGCCUCUUCCUCUGUGCCCAGGAACUCUGAGAUCUCUGCUCGACCUGAGAACGGCUUCUGGACUUUGUGUUUCCGGGACGGAGAGUUCAGGGCAAUGACCUCACCACCAACUGCAGUUACACCUGCAAGUGUGCCCAAACAAGUCAAAGUGCAACUGGAUUACAACAAAGGGACGGUGUCCUUCUUUGACCCUGCUGAUGACACGCUCAUAUAUGCAUUCACACACACGUUCACCGAAACUUUACUUCCAUAUUUUUAUACACAGUGCAGUCAUCCAUUGAGAAUAAUUCCAGAAAAGGUACUUGUCACAAUGUUGCGCCAAUGAGUGGAUGAAGGCUGUAUUAAUUAAUUGUGUAGGAAAAUAUGAUCCCAGUCCUAUUUUGAUGGAUGCAAACAUGUUUUAAAUUGGUUGGUUGGUUUGUUAUUUUGCUGCUUCAAAAACUGUGAAUCUACAUCAGGUUAGCUAAGCUUAGCAUAGCAUUACGCCUGAAAACAAGGGAGAGCAGCUAGCGUGGCUCUUCCAGCAGUAACUGAAUCUUGUUUGCUCGUAGUUUGCCUCAGUUUCCACACUUUAGCUAAGCUACACUAAACUAAGCUAUGCUAAACUAAGCUAAACUUAAAAGCUAAGCUAAACUAAGCUACACAGCUUCUGCCUCUAACUACACAUAGCCUACUGACAUGAGUGGCAUAGGCCUACAUCUUCUCAACAAGGGUAAUGUUGUACAGAUGGAAGCAGGUUUUGUUUUGUACUAGAUUGAAUUUAGCCUACUUGACAUCUAAAUCAAAAUAUAUGAGCACGUAUCCCAAAAUGUAGAGCUACCUGUUUAAUGGUAAAAGUUAUAAUAUAAGUGGUAGCCUACAUUGCUCACUGUGGUGGAAUAGGGGAGAGCAUAUUUAUGUGGGAUAGAAAUGUUUACAUAUUAUCAAGAAGUUUUAGGUUGGUUCAUAACUGGGUUUUGGUGUGUGGGAAAAGCUUUCUUUAUUUAAUGGUCUUUUGAAUUGUCUGCGACUUGCAUCCAAAUGAUUGAUAGCCUACUGCCGUUUAUCACCAUGAACUUUAGGAAAUGCACAUUACACACACACACACACACACACACACACACACACACACACACACACACACACACACACACACACACACACACACAUCAUUUGUCACACAUGGAGGGAUUAGACCAAAGUUGGCAAAACUUGUAAAUGUGUAGUUUUUAACCAGCUGCACUGACAACAAAUUAGUGUUCACACAAGUUAAUUGGUACGUCCAUAUAUAGAAAAACAUAUUCAUUUGUCUGAAGAGUUUAGAUUUAUAUAAAUUCUGUACUUUAAAUCUAAUACAGUCCCACACCUUAGUUAUCCUUAAAAUGGGAUGGUGUUAUGUGGAAAGAAGGUUAUAAUUUAUAACUUUAAACUUAAACUUAACUAGCCAAACAUUGGUUUCUGUUCAGGACCUAAGGACACACAUAAAUUACGCAAAAGAUAUAGCCUACAUUUGUCUAAAAUGUAAAAUAUUGGUUUCUGUACAAAGAGGUGAAGACAGAGAAUUUCACUGAAUCUGGUCAACAUCUAUUGUUGGUCAAGCCACCGUCUAGUUUAUUUUUUGUGAAUGUUAGUUGUUUGGCCACCAUGAUUAUACUGUACUGUACAGUUCAGUGUUUUGUUCUCUUUUGUACACAUGGUGGCGCCAGAGUCAAACACAUAUUUUGAAGGAUUUCAUCAGACUACUUUUAACCAUGUGCCGUUUGUAGAAAUGAAGCUCUCUGAACAUCAGCACUUUACGAAGAUAAUGUGGAAAAUGCAAAAUAAUAAAAUUAAAGACAAGUCACAACAA